GUGGAAAGGCUUACACAGGCAGGGGAGGAAACAUGUCAUGAGGUGAUGACACAGCCAUAGAGACGUGUAUCCACAUCCUCGCUGACUCCCAACUUUGCUGCUGCGUCCCACGGAGGAGAGAGGGAGCCAAAGAUAGCCUCCGUCCGCCCCCCCCACCCUCUGUCACUCUUCCUCUCUUUUUCAUUUUGUACGUGGAAGAUGGGAUUUUAAUCAUGUGGAAGACGGCUGAGCAGCUCUUCUGGAUUUCGCUGACGCUGCGUCCGGUCCCGCCUGGCCUCCUGUGAGCAGGAUGGACACUCUGGAGUCAGAGCUGACCUGUCCAAUCUGCUUGGAGCUGUUUGAAGACCCACUUCUGCUCCCCUGCGCCCACAGCCUCUGCUUCGGCUGCGCCCAUCGCAUCCUCGUCUCCCACUGCGCCACCAACGAAUCCGUUCAGAGCAUCGGCGCCUUCCAGUGCCCUACCUGUAGGUAUGUUAUUUCUCUGAGUCCUGAGCGUGGAUUGGAAGGCCUCAAGAGAAACGUCACCCUGCAGAACAUUAUCGAUCGAGUUCAGCGGGCCUCAUCCUCAGCCGGGCUGCCUCUGCCGCUGCCACUGCCCGCGCCCCACAGCGGGCCCAACUCUCCCAGCGAGGAGGGAAGAGACCGGUUGGCCCUGGUCCCAGUCAGCGCCGCCAUGUCCAGCCCGGGCACCCCUCCCGAGCCGGUCCAGUGCCAGUUCUGCGAGCAGGACCCCCCGCAGGACGCCGUCAAGACGUGCGUGACCUGUGAGGUGUCGUACUGCGAGGAAUGCCUCCGGGCGACGCACCCCAACAAGAAGCCGUUCACGGGCCACCGGCUCAUCGAGCCCAUGCCGGACUCCCACCUCAGAGGGCUCCAGUGUCUGGAGCACGACGAGGAGAAGGUGAACAUGUACUGUGUCACCGACGACCAGCUCAUCUGCUCGCUGUGCAAGCUGGUCGGGCGGCACAGGGACCACCAGGUGGCAGCACUCAGUGACCGCUAUGAGAAACUCAAGCAAGCGCUGGAUUCCAACCUGACUAAUUUGAUCAAGAGGAACAACGAGCUGGAGUCCCUAAUGGGGAAACUGAUCCAGACGUGUCAACAUGUAGAGGUGAACGCUUCGCGCCAGGAGGGCAAGCUCAUCGAGGAGUGCGACCUGCUGAUUGACAUCAUUCAGCAGAGGAGGCAGAUCAUUGGGAGCAAGAUCAAGGAGGGGAAGACACAGCGGCUUCGGAAGCUCGCCCAGCAGAUCACCAACUGCAAGCAGUGCAUCGAGAGGUCCUCGGCGCUGAUCACGCAGGCCGACCAGACGCUGAAGGAGACCGACCACGCUCGCUUCCUGCAGACUGCCAAGAGCAUCAACGAGAGGGUCUCCAUGGCCACAGCGUCCACCCAAGUGCUGAUCCCUGAGAUUCACCUAACGGACACAUUCGACACCGUGGCCCUGGACUUCACCAGAGAGAAGAAGCUUCUGGAGAAUCUGGAUUACCUCACGGCUCCGAACGCUCCGUGCAUACGAGAGGAGCUGUGCACGGCUUCCUACGACACCAUCACCGUCCACUGGACGUCUGACGAUGAAUUCACGGUGGUGUCCUACGAGCUCCAGUAUGCCAUCUUCACGGGACAGUCCAACAUCGCCAGUCUCUGCAACUCCCUGGAGAGCUGGAUGAUUGUUCCCAACAUCAAGCAGAACCACUACACGGUGCACGGCCUGCAGAGCGGCACCAAGUACAUCUUUGUUGUCAAGGCCAUUAACCAGGCGGGAAGCAGAAGCAGUGAACCGGGGACUCUGAAGACCAACAGCCAGCCUUUCAAGCUGGACCCCAAGUCUGCUCACAAGAAGCUGAAGGUGUCCCACGACAACCUGACGGUGGAGCGGGACGAGACCACGUCCAAGAAGGGCCACAACCAGGAUCGCUUCUCCAGCCAGAGCAGCUAUGGCGUGGUGGGGAACACCUAUAUUGACAGCGGGCGCCACUAUUGGGAGGCUCUCAUUGGAGGAAGCACAUGGUACGCGGUGGGCAUAGCCUACAAAUCCGCCCCCAAGCACGAGUGGAUCGGCAAAAACUCCUCCUCCUGGGUGCUCUGCCGCUGCAACAACUCCUGGGUGGUGCGCCACAACAGCAAGGAGCUGGCCAUCGAGCCCUCGCCCCACCUGCGGCGCGUCGGCGUGCUGCUGGACUACGACGCCGGCUACGUCACCUUCUACGACGCCGUGGGCUCCCAGCACCUGCACACGUUCCACGUCACCUUCGUCCAGCCCGUGUGCCCCGUGUUCAACGUGUGGAACAAGUGUUUGACCAUCCUCACCGGGCUACCCAUCCCCGACCACCUGGAGGGAGUGGAUCCCGACAACUGAAGGCUGUAGAUGGACGAUUGGAAAUAAAUCAGCAUUAAACUGGCCUCAAUACCCUAAAGCUGCACUGGGCAAGAUUUGUAGAAUUACUCCCACUCCCGUUGAGAACAGAAGUGUCCAUUCCGCUUCGAUUCACUAGGAUCGGCUGCAUUUGAGCAAAUUAAAUCCCACUCGUGUGCGGUUUGGUACCCGGAGGGCAAUCUGAAAUAAUCCCGACCCUUGCUACUGGUUGUGCAAAGUUAACUAGCGCAACGUUACAGUGCAAAGACAAGAAGAAGAAGACAACUCUCGGGGCGUUAUUUCACCUAACCCCUCAAAAGUGGUUUUCAAUUGUUUACUAUGAUUUCUAACAGGGAAUAACAGGCUGGUUCAUGUUGUAUUGACUCAAAAAGACUUGAUGGCAAUAAGCUGGAGUCAGUCCACAGGAAACAGGACAAAUGGACCUUGGUAGUACUCUAUGGCACUUUUGGGCUGCUAUGGGCGUAUUUAUACCAUGCAUGGCAACGAGGGAAAAAAAGCCACAAAUCUAUUUCUAUUUUUUGCUUUUUUGUUAUUUUACACCCUUUUAUCAGAUAUAGCACUUUGAAAAAUCCCUUAAAGUAUUCACACCAGGAACAUGCACAGAGUAACGCAAUCACAUUCCUUCUUUAUUCCAUCAUGGCUGCUAAAAAGAGCCGAAUAGUGUAUAUUUUGUAAACCGCAUAGACUUCCCCCUUUAACUCCCCCUUCCCAUUCGAAAUAAAAAGGAACCAAAGCAGCCGUUGCUGUCUGUGCAGGUGUCUUUACAGAGAAUUCUACUCCUAAUAAAUGCUGAAUUAUUUUUAGAAAUGUUACAGAGAGGAAAUAGUAUUAUGCUAAUAUUGAAACGGAUGAUUCCUUUAAAUGUAGACCUUGUUUUUGCACAUUGUUCAUACUUUAUUCAUGGUUUCAUUCAAAUUGGGUGCAAUUUACAUGCGUUCAUAUUGGGAAAAAAUGUUGUGUUCUGUUUGAUUUAUUGUGGAAAUGUCUAUUUCAGGCAUCAGGAUUUUAUGUGAUGCAUAGUAUGUGAGUUUAAAGUUGUAAAGGCCCAGGUUAGUACUGGAGAUAAGGGGUAAAGUGUACAAUUUCAGCAUUUGCCAACACUCCAGAACCAGGAAUUUAAUUUUAAUACAGAGGGUCUUCCCAUUUCAUCUUAAAUAAUAAUACCUCUUACCUGUCAUUGUCACACUGAGGUAUUACAUCAUCAAAUCCACAUGCAGCACAUUGUUUAAAAGGUAUUAAAAGUUCAGAUACUCUAUAAAACACAACUUGUUCACUUUAUCAAAACAACACUUGGAGCUCUCUUUUGACGUUAUGCAGAAUGAUAACAGGAGGAAGAUGCACUCACUCUUUAUUUUGAAUCAUUGGCUGGAUCUUUCUUGUCCUGUCCUGAAUUCCCUUGCCAUUCCAAAAUGGACGACAUGAGGUUCAGCCAAUGAUGAUCUUUAGGCCAAGAUCCUUAAAAUGAAAACGCCCAAAGGGAAAUUCUCAAUUUUAAGUAAUAUAAGUAUUUUUUGUUCUAUAUAUUAUAAUGUAGUAUUAUAGAAAAUGAAGCUCCUCAGUGUAAAUACAAUUAUUUGGUUGUAUUUCCCAAUGUUGCUGAGUGAUGAGUAAUAAUAUGGAGGACAAAUCUCAUUCUUUAAUUCUGUGUUUCAUUGGCAAUAAAUUCAAACGUACGUUUCCUUGUAUCUGGUAUGAAUAUAUAGUGCUUAAUUUAAUGUUUCCAUUAUGACCAUGGUGUUAUAUGUUCCGUCUCUGUGGACAUCUCUGUGGAAAAACAGGAUAUAAGUGCUUGCAUCACUGUCGUCUGAGAAGGUCAAAAAUAAACGUUCCUUUUCACAGUC